CUUGACUUUUUGUUCUUCUACUUCAUGCUGAGUUCACUUUCUUACAGGGCUUGAUAUCGACAUCAGUGCAACUUGAGCAUCUCAGCGCAAAUGGCAAGUUGGCUCUCACAACCCGUGGAGUUACAUGGCAGUCGCGCAUUCACAUGCGACGGAUUCACACCAGAGCAAUGUGAUUAUUAUAAAGAACGUUGGCAUUUCUGGUAAGUUUAAGGAAUGCAUGACUUCUCUUUCGAUAAGAGAGCUUGUGCGAGACGCUCACCAGCCUUCCCAAUCUAGGUACAUUGCCGACCAUGUCUAUGCUCUGCCAACAGUUGCAUUUUUCAUGUGCUCCAUUGGAAUCUUCAUCAUCGGCCAUGUUCUGUCACGCGUCUUGGGAACCAAUGUUGAUCGAGGCCCGUCGUUGUUACGAAGAGCCACUGCUGUGAUCCGAUACCUCUCUUAUCGCGGCUUCCACGUGGCAUCGCUGCGAUGGAAUUCCGCCCCAAUUGGACUUCUGCUGCUGGCUCUAGUUGGCGUCAUCUUCUUCUUUUGUAUGGACCUUGCUCCCAGACCCUACUACUGGUCUAGCCUGGACUUUGGCGGUUCUCCACCGCUGGGUACUCGGUCUGGCUGGAUGGCUUUGGCAUGCAUGCCCUUUGUCUUUGCAACCGCGACCAAAGCGAACUGGAUCACUCUUCUCACCGGGGUUUCGCAUGAAAAGCUCCAGGUGCUCCAUCGGUGGACAGCGUACGCUUUUUUCAUCCUAGCACUGAUGCACACGUUUCCCUUCAUUGUAUACCAUAUCAGAUUCCACGAUAUGGUGAUGCAAUUCACCAUGGGCAAUAUUUUCUACUGGACUGGCAUUGUCGCCCUGAUCUUUCAGGCAUGGCUCACGAUUGCCUCUUUUGGGCCACUGCGCGAGGUCGGUUAUGAGUUUUUCAAGGCCUCCCAUUUCUUCUCAGUUGUGGUGUUCGUCGUAAUCUUCUUCUUUCACUGCGACUUUACACUAACGUCAUGGGACUAUUUCAUCGCAACAGCUGCAGUUUAUGUACCGUGUUUUAUCUUCUCAUGGAUCAGGACCUGCUUCGAGCAUGGCUGCAGCCAAAAGGCACGGGUUUUUGUGGAAGAAAACGAUUUCACUCGCAUCGCUAUCCCGGCAACCUUUGACUGGGUCCCUGGGCAGCAUUGUUUCCUCCGAUUCCGUGGAUUUGGUCUUCAGGCCCUCACCUCUCAUCCGUUCACGAUAUGCUCUCUACCAUCAGAUUCAGCAGACCAGCCUUCUAGCUUAACUUUCUACAUACGCCACCGGAGGGGGUUGACUGCUCACUUACACGAUCGUGCUCUGGAACAACCUGGUGUAACAACCCCUGUCCUUGUUGAUGGACCAUAUGGUGGUAUCGACCUCCACAAGUACUUCGGCAGUGACCGUCUCCUAGUCAUCGCCGGAGGCUCAGGAGCUGGGUGGACUUUGCCUUUUAUUGAGCUAUUCGUGAGAUCUCGGGUGUCAUCGGCUGAGAGUAACGCCAAGCCUCAGGAAGAAUCACCAAGUAACGCUGGCCGUGUGUGCCGUCGUACAAACAGGCCUUCAUCGCUACGAGUGAUCUUGGCUACCCGGGACAGUGCUACACGCUUAUGGUUCCACAAGACCGUUAGGGAUUUGCUAUCUAAGCAUCCAUCGCCUGAUACAAACUCUGACAUUGAUGUACAAGUCUACCUAACUGGGGAGGCGCAGGCUCUGGCAAACUCACAGGACAUUCCUAAAGAUGUCGAGAAGGACGCCUCUUCCCCAGAAGAACAGAAUCGUACAGUGAAGGGCAACGAGGCCCUAGGCCCGACCAGUAAGAUCGGAGACUUUGGUGAGGAAUUCCACGGCCGGCCCCCGUUGCCUGCCAUGGUCGGCGACAUGGCCGCUACGGCGAGAAAGACUGGGCAAUCUCUAGGCGUCUUCGUCUGCGGGCCUAAUACGAUGCAAAACGAUGUUCGAAAUGUGGCUGCAAAGGCAAACUUGGAGAUUGCGAAGAAGCCAACGUCCGGAGGAGUGUAUCUUCAUCUCGAGCAUUUCUCAUGGGCUUGAGAACAGACCUAGAAGCUCGAGGUCCUUCAAAAUCCUGAAGCGGAAGACCUAUGUAGCAACGGCCUUGCUUUCAGCAUUUCAUAUCCUGGACUUAGGAAAGGCUGUAACCUAGUGUAGCUCUUUGCAAACAAUAUGCUCAAAUUCCACAUCAGCUGUUACGCCGGCCCGUGUAAUGAUAGACUCUGGUUUUCAAAGGCCUUCCCGC